CCUCACAUUAGCGGGAAGUUGUCGCUUGCGAUUUGUCUGUGACAAAGAUGCUACUACGCUGUGCUGAGUAGUUGUUUUUUCUGCGUAUUUUGAUAGUUUUGAUAUAAUUAUUGGAUUCCAAGAUGUCUGAAAACAAGACUUUUGGUCCUGUGACAAGAUCGAGGCGGCAGUCAGGAAAAGCACUGGGUGUUGAGCCAACCCCCAGAGGUCCUCUGAAACGGACCAGAAGGCCGUCAGAAGCCCAGCCUUCAGUUAAAGGCAUCAGACAUGAGGAGAACGGCUGGGACGAUGAAGAGUCUCUGAGCAAGAAGCACCGUUUUGACUACGGAGAUGCCGUCAGUGACAGCGUUGAUGAAAAUGAGAUGGAUGUUGAGGAAUCAGCCAAAGAAAUCGAGAAAAACGAGGAUGAGGAAAUGGAUGCAGAAGAAGAUUCAUCAUCUGAGACCAGUCUUCCAAAAAUAUGCAAAGACACCUUCAAAGAUGUGAAUUUGUCCCCUCGCGUCGUCCUCGGUCAGCGCUGCCGCAUGACUCAUCCUCCAAACGAGGAUUUAAAAGGGAUGAAACCCCUGCCAGCAGCAAUAAAACAACCUUCAUCCCCCACCAAGUCUACCCUGCAAAUGAAACCACUGGAGAAAAUGGAAAAAUCUCACAAUGAGCCCAUCAUCAGCACAUAUGAGUACAGGAAGAAGAUGGAGGCCAAAGCUACAAGCAAAGAUAUAACCAAAGUCAACCACUUUGUCCAAAGUGCACAUCUGCCUUCGGAGAAGGUGUUUCCCUUGAGACAGCGCGUGAACAACAUUCCAAUACAUACAAACACUGUUCAUCUUAAAAAGCAAGAAGCAUCAAAUAAGACUGCAGGGACCAAGAGCAACUCUGGUAAUUCUUGUCGAGGAUUUACGUGGUUCUUGUGGCGGUUGGUUUUCCUGCUGCUGCUCAGCUCUGCCACCUUGCUCGCAUACAAGAUCCUCCCUGGGCUCCAAAGAUCUGCAGAUGGAGGAGAACAUCAAUCCAGGGGAGUGAAGACGGAAACGUUUUCUUAUCACUUGUCCCUUCUUAAAACUCAAUUCCCCCGUCAGAGACCUGAGUUAUGGAGGAGGAGCAGCAUCCACCUGCGGAAACACCUUGACAAAGCCCACCCAACAGAGGCGGUCAGUCUGAUCCUUACCGCAGGCCUUGGGGCGGAGAGGACAAUGGACUGCUUGGCUCGCGGCUUGGCCUCCACCUACUCGCUGGCCCUCAACGCCUCUGUCCUCCACCUGGACGGAGCGAGCAAAGCCGGCCAGGACAGUAACGCGGUAAAGCUGGACAUCGACAAUCAGCUGAGAGCAGCCUUUGACGGAGAUGAACCAGUGGCGGUCAUUCAUCGCUUUGAAGAGCUGCCUCCGGGUUCCACCCUCAUUUUCUAUCGCUACUGUGACCAUGAAACGGCUGCGUACAAGCAGGUGUUCCUGUUGUUUACUGUGCUGCUGCCUCAAGAGAGCAUCGAGGAGGAGCUGAGUCUGGGGAAGGUGGAAGAACUGGUUCGUGACUAUGUUGAGAAAAAGCAGGUGGGCUCUAAAAGCACUUCUGCCUACAAUGAAAUGGAUGCUGAUAAGUUUGGUGGAUUAUGGAGCCGCAUUGCUCAUCUGAUUCUGCCUGUGGCGCCAGAGGAGCAGGUGGAGCAGAAAGGAUGUCCAUAUAAUAAGGAUACCGUGUAA